AUGAAUGAUCUUGUUUUCAAUAACUUGUGUCUUCUCCUUCAUCCUCAUCGCCCUUGUUUCCAUCCUCGACUUUACUUUCACCAUCUUCGAUUUCUUCAAUUUCCAAAACCAAUACGAGAUGGAAUGCUCAGCUCCAUGUCCUUGGACCACAUAAUUAUUAUCCGAGGCAACAACAGUCUGCAUUAUGUCUUCAUUUUCCUUUACUUGAAAGUAUAUAUCUUUUUUGUUCACCUGAACAAGACCCUAAUUUGGAGACUUCGGCAACGAUUACUCUCCAAAUCAGAUUUGCUAUUCUCCGAUUGGGUUUCUCUUCCGCCGAUGGUCUUCACCGUCUUUCGUUUUGAUGAAUCCGGCGUCUAGAAGCCUCAGAUAACACAAUUACACACAAUCACGGCGUCAACUAAUCGGAAAUCAAGAGUUCACCGCCGGUUUCAUUAUCACGAGAGAGAGAGAC